UGUAGUUACUCUCACCCUCAUUCUCACUGUACCCCGUCUCUCCCUCUGCAAGGUCAUCCUCUCUUCCCCAACACUCCUUCGCCUCCAGAAUAAACAGUUUCUUCCAUUCACCUUCUUCACCUCGCCUGGCUCUCUAGCGCCAUCCAUCGCUUCUGGCGCUAUUCUAAAUUACUUACUCUCCUCUACUGACUUCACUUUGCACCCAUCGCCUUUCCUGCUCCAGCUCUGCUCCUGCUCCUGUCACCACCACCACCACCAUCACCACCACCAUCACCACCAUUACACUUGUCAGAUACCAACCUAACUUUCCAACCACCUCAGCAAACCAACACAAUUUAACCCUAAACACCACACUCUUUUCAUACCACAAUUUCCUUAGUCUUAAGAAUACACUAGAUCAGUCCUCUCUGAUCAGAUUCAUUAUUGCGCCACCCUCUCACUCACACCCACCCCUCCCAGCGACAACCUCCUAAGCAAAUAGCGCACCAGCCUCUGCGACCAACCUCUCGCUGUCGUCAUAAUGCUGUGUGGUCUUGGAGGAAACAAAACAACCCAGAGGAAGCUGGUGCUAUUGUAUGUUUAACAAUUAUCUUGGGCGACAUGCGCCGUGCCUGGUUGUACUGCAUGAGUUGUCAAAUUAUAACCUAACACCCAGCUGAUUUGAUGAUUUAGAGGAGAUGGUGCUUGUGGAAAGACAAGUCUGCUCAACGUCUUCACCAGAGGGUAAGUACAAUCAAAUCACCAAUCUAUCUUACCAGUCGGCUAAUUACCUGAUGCAUGCAGGUAUUUCCCCACAGUUUACGAACCUACGGUCUUUGAAAAUUACGUUCAUGGUAUGCGACAGAUUUCCGUACAUGCGCCAUUGUUCCAAUGCUAAUCUACUGGCGUCCAGAUAUUUUCGUAGAUGGCGUUCAUAUUGAGCUUUCCCUCUGGGACACCGCAGGCCAAGAAGAGUUCGACAGGCUACGAUCCCUCUCCUACGAUGAUACACAUGCAAUAAUGUUAUGUUUCUCCGUCGACUCCAAGGAUUCCCUCGAGAACGUCGAAUCAAAAUGGGUGGGUGAGAUUGCGGAGAAUUGCCAAGGCGUCAAGCUAGUUCUGGUCGCACUGAAAUGCGAUCUGCGAGAACAAAAUGCGGAUGAAGAAGCUGAAGCUACUGAAGGCGCGGACGGCGCACAGAAGGAGAAAAGGGAUAUGAUCAACUACAACCAAGGCCUUGAGGUCGCGCGAAGAAUCGGAGCUUUGAGAUACCUCGAGUGCUCUGCCAUGCGAAAUCGAGGUGUCAAUGAGGCGUUUACGGAAGCCGCUAGAGUGGCCCUAAGUGUCAAGUCGAAUGGAGAGAAAAGUGACAGCAAAUGCGCCGUCAUGUAGAGGGCUGGUUACAGUGUAUAAAAUGGGUUCGAUACCUUUGGGAUUUGGCGUUGGGAGGUUAUUUCGAGCGUUUCUUUUCCACCAUCAUGUGCAUUAAUUGCACGAAGUACAUACUGGGGGCCAAGGAGGAAAUAUGGGAGACGUCGAGAUGAGGUUGACUUAUUGGAAGGGGAUUUGUGAUGCUUUGGAGAAACACGACAAGAUGCGAAAUGCUCGUUAAUUAUUGGUCAUCGAUUGUCUUGUAUCCUUUCGGAUCGUCUACUCGAGUACUCGUCGCAAUCGCCCAACAACAAUUCCUUGGCACAUCUUGUUUCUCAUGGCGGACAUUGGCUUGGGGUUUCUCCCUCUUCUCCUCCCUUCAUGUUAGCCCACGAAAAUAUUUUCUGGCCUUUUGGUACUCCGCUUCGUUUCUUUGCAUAUAUUCAGUUUUUGGGGGGGCAUGCAAGAGGAGGGAGGCGUCGGGAUAUGUCUUUGUAAUUUUGUUUUUCCCCUUCGGAUAGGACUUUGCGAAAUAACCAAGUCGAUUUUCACACUAUGUGAUCUCUUACUAUCAUAUCAAUCAUUGUAUCUAUUACGUGUACCUACCUGCGUUGGCCGAUUGUCCUGGACUGCGGUGGUUGGGGCACAGUAUAGAUAUUCAACUUUUCUUUUCCAAGAUGGGGCUGAGAUUGCUUUAUAUAGGUAGACAGACAUUCUUUUCAUUUACUCUGUACAUAGUGAGAUGAGUUUCAGGAUAUUAACAUACGUCACUGACCAGUACAAACUAAGAUGGAGAAGUUCAUUAUGCGACUUCCUUCCUUCC